AUGUCCUACUACCAGAACCCCCGGCAGCUGUCCGGAUUCUAUGGCGACCUCUCCACCGGCGCGGGUGGGAUACCCAUGCCGGGCUACGACCCGUACGCCGUCAGUGCCGUUCCGCCUCUGCAGAUCUCUACAGCCGGCGCUACGAUGGGUGGCCCCGUAGGGGGCAGCUUGCCGACACAGCACCGGGCCUCGUCGGGAGCAUGGAACCAGGAGGAGGACCGAACACUUCUGACACUGCGGGCGAUGGGCAAGAACUGGAACCAGAUCCAACGAGAGGCGUUCCCGGGUAAGACCGGCAACGCAUGCCGGAAGAGGCACGAGCGGUUGAUGGAACGCCGCGGGCAGAACGACUUCGACAACCGCAAGCUUGAGAGGUUGUGCAAGGAGUACAUGAGCAUGCGCAAGGAGAUCUGGCAACCGCUUGCCUCCCGCUGUGGUGAGAAGUGGAACGUUGUUGAGAUGCAGUGCAUGUCCAACGGCCUCAAAAACAUCCAGUCCCACGCCCGUGCCUUCGCCCGCCGCGAACGCCUCGAAUCCGGCCAACCAUUGAACGCCUACGACGACCCCGACGGUGCCCUCGGCUGCCUGACCCCUGUCGACGACGUCGAUGGCGUCGACCAACCCUACUCCUCUCCCGAAACCGGCGGUUCCACCUCCGGCGCCCACUCCACACCCGGCGGCAGCUCCGGCGGGUCGACCGGUUCAGGCUUCCCAGGCAUGCACCACCCCCACGCACACGCCCACAACCCGCAUCAUCACCACCAGCAACAACACCCGCACCCGGCUGCAGCCGCGGCAUAUGCCGGGUACGGCGCGUACCACCACGGACAUGGGUACAGCACCAGUGUGUCGAGCACGGGGACAGCAGCGGGAGGCGGUGGUAGCGUUCAGUCGUCGUCGGGGUCGGGCAGCCAAGGGACGAGCCCGUAUAUGGGACACGGCGGGCGCCUGCCGAGCGUCGGGGAUAUGGGGAUCGAUGCCAUCAUUAAUCGAGGACAGGCAAGCUGA